AUGAACAAAUUCCAGAUGGAUGAGACAGUUGUCAAAGAAGAAAUCAUCGAAGAGGAGUUCAAUUUUACGUUCAAAAAUGGAGAAUACGCCGAAGUGAAACAAGAAGAAAUUGAACGAAAACCUGAAUAUCUUCUAGAACAAGAGAUCAAAAUAAAUCCCUCAGAGUUAUUCGAGGCUGAUGAGCCGGAUGAUGAAUUUUUCGAAGCGGUCCAACUGAAGAAAGUGUCCAUCACAGGAACCACAAAGUUUAAAUGCGGAAUUUGUCAGAAAAUGAUGCCGAAAAAUUGUUUGAAAUUGUUCAAGUCGGAAGACAAUAAAACUGUGUUGGCUGAAAUGUUCAAAAUUAAAGGCUUUAACAACACAAAGACGAUUUUUGUCUGUGUUUCUCAUAUUCAAACGAUUAUCGAUGAUUAUGACGGCAAAUGGAAGUUACCGAAAACUCCAUUUGAACAACUUUUGCGUUCAUUCAUCACACAAAACAAAAGAAUGAUGCAAGUCAACAAAAAGAAAUCGAUCCAUUUGAAAAUUAGAGUUUUCAGGAAAGACAUGACAUCAUCGAGAGCUGAUUGCGGAAUUGGUCUUCUUCCGAAACGAAAAAUAAGAAACGAGCCGAUCGAUUUUUCCAGAAAUAAGAAUUCGGAUAAAUUUUUCGAGAACACAGAACUGAAGCCGAAAAAAAGCGAUUAUAAAACUGAGAAAGAAAUGAUCGGAGCGGUUAUCAAAGAGGAAGUCAUCGAAGAAAAACAUUAUUAUGCGUUCAAAAAUGAGAAUUUCGUCGAAGUUAAACAAGAAGAAAUUGAACAGAAACCUGAAUAUCUCCUAGAACAAGAAAUCAAAAUGGAGCCGAUCGAUUUUUUUGACGCAAACAAGUCUGAUAGUUUUUUCGACGACGUCGAACUGAACCCGAAAGAAAAUUAUUCUAAAGGGGAAAAGGUGUCCGCAGAAUCCACUAAGUUAAAGUGCGAAAUUUGUCAGAAAACUAUGCCGAGAAAUCUUUUGCAACUGAUCAAGUCGGAAGACAAUAAAACUGUACUGGCCGAAAUGUUCAAACUUGAAGGAUCUCUGGAAACAAGGAUAUUCUAUAUCUGUGUUUCUCAUAUUCAAAUGAUUAUUGAUGAUAACGACGGACAAUUGAAGUCAACGAGUACUCGAUCUGAGCAACGUUUGCGCACAUUCAUCUCAACGCACAAAAAACUGAUACUUUUUCAAACUCUAUCUGUUGCAAAUUUCAAUUCCCUGAUCGACGCUUUGAUGAUUCGUAUUGAGGAGAACAGAAUUCGUCGAAACGCAACGUCGAUUUCUCUGAAAUCACUUCUCAAACACCUUCAGCUUUAUCUGAUUCGCCCUCUUAGAUCUGAAGAAGCAUUGGAAUCGAUUUCUCAGAAAAUUCAAGAGAUUGGAGACAACAACGACGAGGUUCCACCAACCCUCAUCGGCGAGAUCCUGAACUUUUUCCUGAUUUCCACCGGAUUCUGUGCGCAAUUUGAUGAAUAUUUUCUAUGCUUGUCUGAGAAAAAAGGUUAG